UCCGGCAGCAGUCGCUGCCGCCGCCGCCGCCGCCGCCGCCUCUCGUGCGUCCUAGCGUCUCCGCUCGCGGGAGUCGGGCUCCAAGUUCCAGGGCGCCGGGCACCGUAGCAGCCCCCCAGCAUGGCCGAAGUCAAGAAACAGAAGACGGGGAACCAGCAGAAAUCCACCAAUGUUGUCUAUCAGGCCCACCACGUGAGCAGGAACAAGCGAGGGCAGGUGGUAGGAACCAGGGGCGGAUUCCGAGGGUGCACCGUGUGGCUCACAGGUCUCUCUGGUGCUGGAAAAACAACAAUCAGUUUUGCUCUGGAAGAGUAUCUCGUCUCCCACGCCAUCCCUUGCUACUCCCUCGAUGGCGACAACGUCCGUCACGGCCUCAACAAAAACCUUGGAUUCUCUCCCUGGGACAGAGAGGAAAACAUCCGCCGGAUUGCCGAGGUGGCCAAGCUGUUCGCCGACGCUGGUCUGGUCUGCAUCACCAGCUUCAUUUCUCCUUUCACAAAGGACCGUGAGAAUGCCCGCAAAAUCCAUGAAUCGGCAGGACUGCCGUUCUUUGAGAUAUUUGUAGAUGCGCCUCUAAACAUCUGUGAGAGCAGAGAUGUAAAAGGCCUCUACAGACGGGCCCGAGCUGGGGAGAUCAAAGGCUUUACGGGUAUUGAUUCUGAUUAUGAGAAACCUGAAACUCCUGAGCUUGUGCUUAAAACCAACUUGUCCUCAGUGAGUGACUGUGUGCAGCAGGUGGUGGAGCUUCUGCAAGAGCAGAACAUUGUACCCCAUACUAUAAUCAAAGGCAUCCACGAACUCUUUGUGCCAGAAAACAAACUCGACCAAGUCCGAGCUGAGGCUGAAGCUCUUCCUUCACUAUCGAUUACCAAGCUGGAUCUUCAGUGGGUCCAAGUUUUGAGUGAAGGCUGGGCCACUCCCCUCAAAGGUUUUAUGCGGGAGAAGGAGUACUUGCAGGUUGUACACUUCGGCACCCUGCUAGACGGCAUGUUCCUUCCUGACGGAGUGAUCAACAUGAGCAUUCCCAUUGUUCUGCCUCUCUCUGUGGAUGACAAGACGCGGCUGGAAGGGUGCGGCAAAUUUGUCCUGACAUAUGAAGGACGGAGGGUGGCUAUCUUACAAGACCCUGAAUUCUACGAACAUAGAAAAGAGGAGCGUUGUUCCUAUGUGUGGGGCACAAUGUGUGCAAAACACCCCUAUAUCAAAAUGGUGAUGGAAAGUGGGGAUUGGUUGGUUGGUGGUGACCUUCAGGUACUGGAGAAAAUAAGGUGGAAUGAUGGGUUGGACCAAUACCGCCUGACGCCUUUGGAGCUCAAACAGAAAUGUAAAGAAAUGAAUGCGGAUGCGGUGUUCGCAUUUCAGUUGCGCAAUCCUGUCCACAAUGGCCAUGCUCUGUUGAUGCAGGACACCCACCGCCGGCUCCUGGAGAGGGGCUACAAGCACCCAGUCCUCCUGCUCCACCCUCUGGGUGGCUGGACCAAGGAUGACGAUGUACCCCUGGAGUGGCGGAUGAAGCAGCAUGCAGCAGUGCUUGAGGAAGGGGUUUUGGAUCCCAAGUCAACCAUUGUUGCCAUCUUCCCAUCUCCCAUGUUAUAUGCUGGCCCCACAGAGGUUCAGUGGCACUGCAGGUCCCGGAUGAUUGCAGGGGCCAGUUUCUACAUUGUGGGCCGGGACCCUGCAGGAAUGCCCCACCCUGAGACCAAGAAAGACCUGUAUGAACCCACUCACGGGGGCAAGGUUUUGACCAUGGCCCCUGGCCUCACCUCUGUGGAAAUCAUCCCAUUCCGAGUGGCUGCCUACAACAAAGCCAAAAAAGCCAUGGACUUCUAUGAUCCAGAAAGGCACAACGAGUUCGACUUCAUCUCAGGAACUCGUAUGAGGAAGCUGGCCCGGGAAGGAGAAAACCCCCCAGACGGCUUCAUGGCCCCCAAAGCAUGGAAGGUCCUGACAGACUAUUACAGGUCCCUGGAGAAGAACGACUAAGUGGCCUUCAGCCCUGGAGCUGCUUUCCGAAGUGCUCUUUGAUUUCCUUCUCUGUUUUUGUGAUUAGAUGCUUUGUAUCCGAUUACUUCUCAAUGACUGAUUUUAAAGUUAGUGUUUUAUAAUGAGGUAGAAAUGUCUAUAAUUUAAGUCAACAAUAUAUAUAUACACAUACAUGUAUGUGUAUAUAUAUAAAGUAAAACUGAAGACCAAACCUUAGCAGGUGAAAGCAAUACUGUUAUUAUAUUUCAGAAUGAAAUUAGCUGUAUUCUCUACUGCAUCUGAGCAGUAGGUCCAAGAUUUCUUAAAGCUUUGACCAUGUGUCCAGUUUAAGUGCCAAAAAGCAAAGCGUAUUUUCCAGCUUAAGUCUUGCCAGCCUGCACUCUCCCAGUGUCAUAUACCAGUAGUAAAAGAAAUCAGAUGGGCAGCCCUUUCUAGACAGCUGACAAAAAGUAGUAAUGAUAUAAUGAUCUCAUUGUAAAUGAGGUGUGGCUCACGUCAAGCUUCUUGCUCGUAUUUCGCCUCACGCCCAUGUACAGCCUUACUGCCCGAUCUCUUAUGUGCUGAAGUAUAUAAGCUGACUGGAGAAACCAAGUAUGUGGAAAUGUACAUUUAAUCUCCAAGAGCUACGCAGCCAAGUUCUGCCAUGGAGGUUGUAUGGUCUGGUAAGAAGAGAAGUCUUAAUGUUUUCCUGUGACUAUUGUAACUCCAGUUAAAUGGCAACUUUUAAUUAAAUAGCAUAGAGGGCUCUGAUGAAAAGAUGUGCGCCCAGGGCUCAAACAACCCGGCAAUGUUGUGGAAAGGUAAUUUUCUCUCCUCUUUGCUGUGGUCACUGUGUCCUACGGGGAGGCUGCGCCUAUUUACUGCAGCGGCAUCAGCUGUGACCAUAAACGGUUCACACCAUAAAACCAGCGAGCUGCUGGAACUGGACAAAAAGGCAGAAAUUCCAACCCUUUCAUCUUAGAGGUGACCAAACUAAGACGAUGCACAAGCACAGGUUCAGGAGCUGCCGAGCACCGUAACAGAACCACCAGGUCGGCAUCUUAGGGAGUACCGGUGGCACUGAACCAGCGCCCAGCCCACUUGACUCCCAGUCUGGUGCUCUGUCUACACUGUACAACACAGGAGCUGGACCUGGUUCCCUCAACUGCAUAACAAAACUCUCUGAACAGAGGGCACUUACAAAGCAGCUUUCUUGGAUGCUGGAAGUUCCAGAGUUUUCUAAACCCAGCUGAUUUGAUUGUAGUUGGAAAAAACUUUUCCAAAGACUCUUGCUGUCCUGAGACAUCCAAUUUCUGAUGGCUUCACUUCCUGGGAGGCAAUCUUUUGCACCUUAUGCAUAAUUCCUUGUUACUGAGGAAUAUACGAAGAGACAGUACCUUUUGUACAUAGGUCUCUCUGGAAGGGACUUACUUAGACUGGAAAGAGAAAACUGUGAUUUUUUUUUUUUCAUUUUCAUUUAAAAAAAAAUGCUAACCCUAGCUAAUGAAAGUUCUUUUGAGAAUAAAUUACUUACAGUGGCCACAGCAAAGUAUAACUGUCUUUAACAGUGUAGUGCCUAUAUUCAUUUAAUCAGAUGUACUCACUACUGGAUUUUUUAAAAAACAGCGUAUUUAUUGAAAACAGGAGACAAGAUGUAGUAGUGCCUUAACCAUGUAUUUUGUGAUUUUUAAAAAUAUAUUAUUUAAAACUACUCUUCUGCUCUAGUACCACACUUAAUGCAAAUGAUUAAUUCUAAUGUACAACUGAUUCUUGUUCCUAUUUUAAUAAAUUUCUCAAAAUGAA